AAACCCCCAGCUAGUUCCCCAGAAUGCCCGCCAAGCUGCUCUUUCUCCAGAGGCGAUGACACUAUGAUGUGAUCCAAGUCGAGCCAGAAAUGAUUCGGGAAGGUAGAGAAGCAAGAGGGUACAAGCAGCCAAGUUGAGAAAGAAGUAGGGCCGAACGAUCUUGGGGAUAUAAAAUCGUACGCAUAUACCAGAACAAAGUCCUCGGAAUCCACAUGUAGCCUCCUCUCCUCUCACUUCUCUCUUCCUAGCACUCAAUUCAAGUCAAUUGAAGAUGGGCGUCCUUUCAGCCAAGUUAAUUACGUUGCUAUCUGUGUUUGCGGCCGCCGGCGUAGCAAAUGGGAGGAUUAUAUCUCGAGCAGAUGGCCUCGACAGCUUUGUGCAAAAGCAACGUGCUCUUUCUCUCCAGAAUGUUCUCAACAACAUCGGUCCUGAUGGCUCUCGCGCUCCAGGCGCCGGAGCAGGUGUCAUUAUAGCCAGUCCUUCUACCGUGAACCCAGACUACUUUUAUACGUGGACUCGAGAUGCAGCUCUGACCAUGAAGAUGAUUAUUGACGAAUUCUUGCUUGGCGAGGAACAGCUCAAAUCCUAUAUCGAGGAUUACAUCCACUCUCAAGCCAUUCUCCAAACUGUCACCAACCCGUCAGGAACGUUCCUCCCAAACGGAGCUGGCAUCGGUGAGCCAAAGUACAACGUUGAUCUUACACGGUUCAAUGGAGCUUGGGGACGGCCGCAGAGAGAUGGUCCAGCACUCCGUGCCGUUGCGUUAAUUGCGUAUAGCAAUUGGCUUAUCUCCAAUGGCCAAGAAGAAAGGGCGAAAACAGUUGUAUGGCCAGUCAUCUCAAAUGACCUGUCAUAUGUCGGUCAAUAUUGGAACUCUACUGGGUUUGAUAUCUGGGAAGAGGUGCUAGGUUCAAGCUUCUUUGCCACCCAAAACCAACUCAGGGCACUCGUUGAGGGCAACACACUCGCGAAAAGCAUCGGCGUUCAAUGCACAGGAUGUGAUCAGGCCCCUCAAGUGGCUUGCUUCUUGAACGAAGCGUUCUGGAAUGGCGAGUACUUCACUGCCAAUAUCAACAGUGAUCUGGGGCGCACCGGCAAGGACGCCCACACGGUGAUUGGCGCUAUUUCCGUGUUUGACAUAAAUGCCAGUUGUGACGAUGCUAGCAUACAGCCUUGCAAUAGCCGGAGCUUGUCGAAUUUCAAAGCUUUUGUCGAUUCCUUCCGUAACUCGACUCUGUAUCCCAUCAAUGAAGGCAUACCCCCAACAGAGGGUAUCGCCCUUGGCCGGUAUACCGAGGAUGUUUAUUUUGAUGGUAACCCAUGGUAUCUUAUCACUGCGAGUGCCGCCGAGUAUCUCUAUGACGCUUUGGCUCAGUGGACUGUCCAGGGCUCACUAACCAUCGAUGAGACUUCCCUCGCUUUCUUCCGGGAUAUCUACCCAGCCGCCCGCACUCAGACUUAUACGCCAAACGACAAAUGCUCCGAGUUCCCCGGUAUCCUGGCAGCCGUAACCAAAUAUGCUGAGAGCUUCGUGGCAGUGUUCGAGAAGUAUACCCCAGAGGAUGGAUCUCUAGCGGAACAAUUCAACAAGACCUCGCCCUUCAACCCGACGUCUGCAACAGACCUAACAUGGUCCUACGCAGCGUUUGUGUCCAUGGCCGAGCGACGCGCAGGACAAUACCCUCCCAGCUGGGUCCCAGUCUCUGGCUCCGCCACCUUGCCGGACCAGUGCGCCUCCGGUUCGACCAAGGGUACCUACACACCCGCGAUCGCGGCCGGCGCGCCCGACGUCAACGUGACGUGUACAUCGAACGUGCGCUUCGAGGUUAACGCCACAACGUACUUUGGCGAAAAUAUCCUCGUUGCUGGAAACACGACAGAUCUCGGUACCUGGGACGUCAGCAAUGCCUGGCCGCUCGACGCCUCGGGCUACACGGACCAACGACCCCUGUGGGCUGCUACGAUUGCGCUCACGGCCGGCGAGACGACCAACUACGUGUAUGUGCGACAGCAGGACUGUGGCCAGGGCCCGAUCUGGGAGUCCAGUACUGCGAACCGCACACUUGUUAUACCGCCUUGUGAUCCUGAUGCAGACCCUGAUGCUGUCCUUGUUGUGACAGACGAUGCGUGGCAGGGGCCAACGGGUAGCAGCGGCGGCUGCUGAAGAGGUGUGGAAACCUGGAUUAGACAAUAAGUUUGUCAGUAAUUUAUUGGG